UUCCCUUGUGCUUUCCUUGACAAUUUACCACACAGCGUAGAGGGGAUGGAAGGUGAAGACAGGAGAGAUCUUUUCAUCUGUUCUUAAUGAGAACCUGUUCACUUUGAGCAUCAAAUGAUAAACAGAAAUGGAGAGUAAUCAAUACUUCUCAGCAUCGAGGCCUAUACCAGGCAUAUCUGCAGAAACAAAAAGCAGAAUAAAAGAAAAAUUAAUAUCACUGCUAGAGCCCAAGGUGCAGCGUUUACACACUAGCAAGUGUUCCCUUAAUUACAGUAAUACAUUGUGCCAUUUUGUAACUUAUUACAAGGUCAAUUUACAGUUGUUACAUGCUUACCUUGUAACUUAAAAACCACUUUUCCCCCCUUUGUUUUCUAUGUUGGUUUUUUUAUGCAUUCCUGUAGCUUUAUAUUUGCAGGAGGAGCAAAGAUGAAGCACACAAUUUCUAUUACUCUUUCCCAGAAUCUACUGGGGCCAUCGUGUGGAGCCUUUUGCCGGGCUGGUUUCCCCGUAGCAGCACAUCCAGGGCUCAGAUUCUGUGAGUCUUAAGUGAACAUGUUACUAGUUUUACCAUGUGUUAUACUUCAUACGAGCAAAUCUACUUUCCUGCCUAUUUGUGUAACUAGAACUUCAGAGAUGGAAGAGUUCUGCAGAAACCAGCACUGGGAUAAUUCUUUCCAGGGCAUUCUGUGGAGCUGUGGUAAUGAAUUGAGGAGAUGCACCUGCUGAAGAAGAGCAGGAAUGCCCCUUCUGAGCCCUGUGAGAGAGAUUACACCAUCAAGCUACUAAGGAAGAAGUGGAAGAUAACACUGAUGCAAACAUGGAAGGGGCUCUGAUAGCCCGGGACAGAGUUGGGGUGCAGGACUUUGUGCUUCUGGACUCCUACACCAGUGAGAAUGCUUUCAUGAACAACCUGCGCAAGAGGUACCAGGAGAACCUCAUCUAUACAUACAUUGGAACUCUUCUUGUGUCUGUCAACCCUUACAAGGAGCUGGAUAUCUACACCCUGACACAGAUGCGCCUUUAUCGAGGGGUAAACUUUUUUGAACUGCCACCACAUCUAUAUGCCAUAGCUGACAAUGCCUACAGGGUGAUGUGCAGUGAGUACAACAACCACUUCAUCCUCAUCUCGGGGGAGAGUGGGGCUGGGAAGACAGAAGCCUCCAAGAAGAUCUUGCAGUACUACGCAGUCACCUGCCCAACCACGGAGCAGCUGCAGAUCGUCCGCGACCGGCUGCUGCUUUCCAACCCUGUGCUGGAGGCUUUUGGAAAUGCAAAAACUCUGCGUAAUGACAACUCCAGCAGAUUUGGGAAAUACAUGGAUAUCCAAUUUGAUUUUAAGGGAGCUCCAGUGGGAGGGCACAUCCUCAGUUACCUCAUUGAGAAAUCCCGAGUUGUCCAUCAAAACCACGGAGAAAGGAAUUUCCAUAUUUUCUACCAGUUAUUAGAGGGUGGAGAAAAGGAUCUUCUUUGCUGGCUGGGGCUGGAGCGCAACCCCCAGAAGUAUGGGUAUCUCAUCCAGGGUCGAUGUGCCAAAGUGUUUUCUAUUAAUGACAAGAACGACUGGAAAAUUGUUCGCAAAGCUUUUUCUAUCAUUGACUUCACUGAAAAGGAUACAGAGCAUCUCUUUGGAAUUGUUGCCAGUGUGCUACACCUGGGGAACAUCCAGUUUGAAGAAGACAGCAACGGCCACGCCAUCAUCCGCGACGGCACGCAGAUCAAGUGGAUCUCUAAGCUGCUGGGUGUGCACUUGUCCAUCCUGCAGGAAGCCCUCACCAAUCGGAAGAUCGAAGCCAGGUCUGAAGAGGUCCUAAGCCCACUGAACGUGGACCUGGCUUUCUACGCGCGGGAUGCGGUAGCCAAGGCCAUUUAUGGGCGAAUGUUCACUUGGCUGGUCAACAAAAUCAACAGCUCUCUGGCCAACCAGGAUUCCACACGGAAAACAGUGAUUGGCCUGCUGGAUAUCUAUGGUUUUGAAGUGCUGGACACAAACAGCUUUGAGCAGUUCUGCAUUAAUUACUGCAAUGAGAAGCUCCAGCAGCUGCUGAUUGAGAUGACCUUGAAAGCAGAGCAGGAGGAAUAUGAACUGGAAGGAAUAGAGUGGGAACCAAUUCCAUACUUUAACAACAAGAUCAUCUGUGACUUGGUUGAGCAGAAGCAUAAAGGAAUAAUCUCCAUUCUGGAUGAGGAAUGCUUAAGACCUGGUGAAGCCACUGAUUUGAGCUUCUUGGAAAAGCUGGAAGAGAAAGUAGGAGAUCAUCCCCACUUCGUGACCCGCAAGCUGGCAGACCAGAGGACACGAAAAUCCAUUGACUGGGUGGAUUUCCGCCUGCUCCACUACGCGGGAGAAGUCACUUACUGUGCUGUUGGAUUUUUGGAGAAGAAUAAUGACCUACUGUACAGAAACCUGAAAGAGGUGCUGUGCAACUCCAAAAACAGCAUCAUCAGAGACUGCUUCUUACUGCCAGAGCUUGACAACAGGAGGAGACCAGAGACUGUUGCAACCCAGUUCAAAAACAGCCUGACGAGCCUGAUAGAAAUCCUGAUGUCCAAGGAGCCCUCCUAUGUCCGCUGUAUUAAACCAAAUGAGAACAAGGAGCCUGGGAAGUUUGAUGACUACCUGAUCCGGCACCAGGUGAAGUACCUGGGGCUGAUGGAGCACCUGCGGGUGCGACGCGCCGGCUUCGCCUACCGGCGCAAGUACGAGCUCUUCCUGCAGCGGUACAAGUGCCUGUGUCCAGCUACCUGGCCACACUGGCAUGGGCCAGCAGCUGAGGGUGUGGAGAGACUCAUCAAGCACAUUGGUUACAAGCCUGAAGAAUACAAAUUAGGAAGAACCAAAAUAUUCAUUCGGUUCCCAAGGACCCUGUUUGCCACUGAGGAUGCCUUUGAGUUCAGGAAGCACCUGCUGAUUUCAAGACUACAGGCCAAAUACAAAGGAUUCCUUGGGAAGAGAGCGUAUUUGAAGAAGAGGGAAGCAGCAAUCAAGCUGGAGUCCUGUUGGCGGGGAGCGCUGGCACGGAGGGCAGCCAAGAGGAGGACGUGGGCGGUUCAGAAAAUCAGGAAAUUCAUAAAUGGCUUCAUCAACCGGAAGAAACCCCUUUGCCCUGAGAACAUGGAGUUUGUGAGGCUGGUACAGUACAAAUACUUGAUGAAGCUCAGAGACCACAUUCCAAAAAACGUCUUGGACAAGAGCUGGCUCCAACCUCCUUCCAUCCUGGAAGAGACAUCAGAGAUGCUACAGAAAAUCUGCAUUAGGAACCUAGUAAGGAAAUACUGCCGAGGAGUCACUGCUGAGAGGAAAGUGCAGUUACAGCAAAAAGUGGUAGCAAGUGCUGUGUUCAGAGGGAAGAAGGAGGGUUACCUGCAGAGCCUAAACCAGCCUUUCCUGGACACCCGGCUAAAAGAGAAUGAUAUAAACCCCAAAGUACUGCAGCUGAUCCAGGGUGAGAAGAUCAAGUAUGUGACCCCGGUGAUAAAAUAUGACAGAAACGGCUUCAAAGCACGAGAGAGGCUGCUUGUUCUGACCCAGUCCUCGGCCUAUGUGGUGGAAAUGGCCAAGAUCAAGCAGAAAAUAGACUAUGCCACUCUGAGAGGUAUUUCCACCAGUAACCUGAGGGAUGGGAUUGUGGUCAUUCAUGUUCCUGAGGACAACAAACAGAAGGGAGAUGUGAUACUUCAGUGUGAGCACAUCUUCGAGACAGUCACCAAGCUCUGCAUGUUGGCCAAUAAGCAGCACCUGGUUAAAGUCGUGCAGGGAAGCCUUCAGUUUCGGAUUGGCUCUGGGAAGGAAGGGACGAUGGUGUUUGCUGUUGGGCAGGAGCCUCAGGUCUUCAGAGCCAAAAAUGGACAACUAACAGUGGUGUCAACAUAGGCAAAGUCUUGAAGAGUAACAGUUCCUGGUCACGGGAAGGAACCUGUAGGAUCAACCAGCCCUCACGCCUGCCCUGGAAUCUUUGAUGCCACAGGGCUGCUGUGAUUUGAGAGUUUGCAUCUUUUAGGCUCUUUUUUUAAUAGCUUGAAACUAUUCAACUAUAGCUAAGUAAGUUCCAUUAUCUUGCUGUAACAUUCCAGUGAGCAUAGAUGCUCGUUACACUGUGACAGAGAGAUGUUACAGCCCAAAGUUGCAGUUCCACUCAUCAAAUGUCCUUCUCUGUGCACUUGGGAAGAGCUGAGAGCUCUGACCCAUCAGAAAGGAUUGAGAUUGCAGCAAAAAGGCUUCUCUAGCUGCACUUGGAGUGUCAGCUCACCAGAAUUGCAUCAAGUGCAGCUCAAUGAACGUGACUCUGGUCUGAAAACACCUUCAAAACCAGCAACUACUCCUUUGGGGAGAAACAGUGAAAUGCAGCUGGUGUUUUUGUUGGUGGAUCAGCUUGUGAAGCUGCUUGUCUGGAACCUCAGUAAGCUGCUUUCUUGUCUACUCUGACAGGGGGAUUUUUCCUUUUAGAGUAACACUGUCCUGGUCCUCCCCACAUACCAGCUGUGCAAAACCUUAAAUGACCAAAUGUCUCCUGCUAGAAAGGGACAUGCUGGCUCAGUGAAACCUAGUUCAGAAGAACCCCACCUUCUGCUGAAGAACCUUUAUCUCCAUGCACAGAGCUGAAGAAUGUGGUGGGCACUGCUGUUCCCUCGAGGUGUGCUGGGGCAGCUGCAAGGGGAAGGGCUGGAAAACAGGACUUCUCAGGACAUGACUCUGCUCCCUGCAGCUCUGUGCUCAUGGCACUCACUCUGUUGCCUCAUGUUGAGGCAAAUUCAUGUAGCUCCUGCUCCAGCUUCCCUGGGUUAGGCUGGAACUAUAGCCUGAAGAUCCUUGACUUGUUACCUUUGAAUCCUGGGCUCUGCAACAUCCUCAGAGGCUGAUCCCUGGUGCCUUUGCCCUGAGCAGUGCCAGGAGUUAGAACUAACAACAGGCAGGAGGAUGAGGUCUGGUAUUUCUUCCUGAAAGUUCCUCCAGCUCCAUGGCCCACAAGGAUGACGUGCUCCAAACAAGUACUAAAGGGACUCGAAUGUAAAUAU